UAGAUUUUAGCCCGUGCGAUGCACGAUUUCUAUUAAUUUGUUACGUUAAAAUAAAACUCCUAUACGGAGUAUAUAUCAACUGUUAUAUUUUAUAUAUUAGAUUAGAUUGAUUUUUUUUAUAUUUUGGAUUGAAUUUCAUUUUAGAUUUAUUUUUUAAUUAUUAUAGUGUUUGAUUUUGGAUGAAAUUGUAUAUAAAAAAUACAAUAAUUAAUUAAUAAAAUAUCUACGUGGCACCUAAUUAUUUAUCUACGUGGCAUUCGACUUUUUAAUUCAAUAAUAAUUUUGAAGUCUUAUUUUUCAUUGGCCAAAACCAUUAGAUUUCCUACGUGGCGAUCUAAUAUUGGAUUAAUGUUUGAUUUUGGAUUGAAUUUUAUGUUAGAUUGGUGUUUGAUUUUGGAUGAAUUUUAUUUUAGAUUUAUCUUUUAAUUAUUAGAGCGUUUGAUUUUGGAUGUAAUUGUAUAUAUUAGUAAUUUAUUAAUUAAUUUAAAUAUCUACGUGACACCUAAUUAAUUAUCUACGUGGCACUCGGUUUUUUUAAUUCAAAAAUAAAUUAGAAAUCUUAUUUUUCAUUGGCCGAAACCAUUAGUAAUCCUAGGUGGCGCUCUAAUAUUUCAGCAUAUAUGCCUCCUUUAUAUAUGUAUAUUAGAUUUGAUAAUACGUUUUACAAAUUAAUUAAUAAUGGCGUGGGUUCGAGAUCAAAUCGACGGUGUAGAAUCAAUUAAGAUGAGACAACUUAUGAUACAAGUUUACAAUAUUGGGAUGGUGGUUGUCAUGGCAAUGGUGUUUUGGAAGGCGUUGAUAUGGUACACCGAAUGUGAAUCUCCGAUAAGUGUUGUCCUUUCAAGAAGCAUGGAACCUAGUUUCACGAGGGGAGACAUAUUAUUGUUACAUAACAGAAAUAACGACCCGAUUCGUGUAGGGGAAAUAGUUUUGUUUAAAGUUGAUGGUCGUGAAAUUCCAAUUGCACAUCGGGUUAUUGAAGUACAAGUUCAAGAUAUUGAUGGCCAACAAGUUGUUAAUUUCCUUACGAAAGGUGACAACAAUGAACGUGAUGAUCGGGAUUUGUACGCUCACGGUCAACAUUGGCUUCAACGAGACCAUAUCAUCGGUAGAUUUCAAUUAGUAGUACCAUAUUUGGGAUGGGUUGCAAUAAACCUCGCUAAAAACCCAACUAUGAAGUGUCUACUCAUCAUUGUUUUAGGAGUUUGUUAUUUGAAAGAUUUUAUCGAGGAGAAAGACCAGGAUUGAUCGAGUACCAUUCACUUCACACAGAUUAAUUAAUGAUGUUUUUGGAGUUCAGAUCCAAUUCACUUACAUAGUAACACCCCAUAUUUAGUUUUUCUUUUUUUUGGUAAAAUAUAUUAAUAGAGCAAUUACGAAUAUAUCAUUAAUAUUUUCUAUUAUAUAUGAUUGUUUUAACUUGUGUUUGUUCUUUGUUCAAUUUUCACAUGGA